CGCCCCGCUUCAGGUCCAAAGGAUUGGACCCAUAGCCUGGGUGAACUCCGCUAACAGGCCAGAGGCACAUAAAAUAUAAAGAACAAGGGCUGGGAGCCGACAUUUACUUAACUAAGCGCCUAAUUCAUUCGAUGAUUCUUUAUCCACGUGUUCUUUAGACAAAUUUCUAACUCCUCUCUCUGCCUGACCCGUGCUAGGUGCCGGGGAUAUAACCGUGAGCAAGAGAAACCACGGCUCUUGUUCCCGCUGAUCCUGCAGCCCAGUGGAUGGAGUCCACAGUACAUAGACCUGCCAGGAAAGACAAAAUUUUUCCUGAUGAUUGGUCCAAGCAAGGACUCCCCGGUGGACUGAGGAAUGUCUGGCUUUUCCUCGGUUCAUCCAUCUCUGUGGUAGCUACAAGCAGCCCCCAGAAGACCUCAAGAAUGAGAGGCCUGAGGUCUACAAGUUGCUGCUAGGAAUAUUUUGGCGUCUCCAGAAAACAGAAUGCAGCUGCCACACAAAUUUAUAAGGGCCCUGGGCGCACGCUGACUGGGCGCUGGCGGGCGCGCCCUUUGCUCCGGGUUCCUGCCCCGGGCGCUGCCAUAGCAACGGCCUGGACGCCCAGACUUUAGGCCGCCGCCUCCCGGGACCCGGUCUUCUCCCGCUUCCAGAGGAGUGGGGCGGCGGCGGCCUGGGAGGCGGCCCGGGCCGGGUAGACGGGCCCGUCCCCUCCUCCGAUGCCAGCUGAGGCGGCGGACUUGCUUCCAAGCAUGCCCUUUCAGAAGCACGUGUACUACCCGCUCGCCAGCGGCCUGGAGGGUCCCUAUGCCUCCGCAGCCGCCCCCGCAGGCGGGGCCGCCAUGGCCUGUGCCCCGCCCAGCGCGGCUUCGGGCCCCCUGCCCUUCUUCCAGUUCCGACCGCGCCUGGAGAGCGUGGACUGGCGGCGGCUGAGCGCCAUCGACGUGGACAAGGUGGCGGGCGCCGUGGACGUGCUCACGCUGCAGGAGAACAUCGUGAACAUCACCUUCUGCAAGCUGGAGGACGAGAAGUGCCCGCACUGCCAGUCGGGGGUGGACCCGGUGCUGCUGAAGCUCAUCCGCCUGGCGCAGCUCACCAUCGAGUACCUGCUGCACUCGCAGGAGUUCCUCACCUCGCAGCUGCACAGCCUGGAGGAGCGGCUGCUCCUGAGCCUGGCCGACUGCGAGCAGAGUAAGCAGCUCCUUUCCAAGCAGGCGGGACAGAUCAAGUUACUCAAGGAAGAGUGUAAACGCAGGAAAAAGAUGAUCUCGACCCAGCAGCUGAUGAUGGAGGCCAAAGCCAGCUAUUACCAGUGCCAUUUAUGUGACAAGGCCUUUACGAAUCAAGCUUUUCUACAAAGUCAUAUUCAGCGCCGCCACCCCGAAGAGUCUCACCUUGCGGAGUAUAAGAAAAGGGUGCAGACUGAUAAGCUCCAGAAUGAGAUUGACAUGUUGAAGGAGCAGCUGCAGCUCACCAAGUCUCAGCUAGAGGCUGCGCAGCACGCCCACGCGGUCCGGUUCUCUAAGGAGUAUGAAAUGCAGAAAACAAAAGAGGAAGAAUUUCUGAAGUUAUUCGAUAGAUGGAAAGAAGAAGAAAAGGAGAAACUAGUUGAUGAAAUGGAAAAAGUCAAGGAAAUGUUUAUGAAGGAGUUUAAAGAACUGACUUCCAAGAAUUCAGCAUUGGAAUAUCAAUUGUCAGAAAUCCAGAAGUCCAAUAUGCAGAUUAAGUCUAACAUAGGCACGUUAAAAGAUGCACAUGAGUUUAAAGAAGAACGUCCUCAGUGUCCCCAGGAUUUCCAAAAUGUGAUGCAACUUCUUGACAGUCAGGAAAGCAAGUGGACAGCCCGAGUGCAGGCUCUACAUCAGGAACACAAAAAAGAGAAGAGCCGGCUCCUGUCACAUAUAGAGAAACUUCGAACCUCAAUGAUAGAUGAUCUAAAUGCAAGUAAUGUCUUCUAUAAGAAAAGGAUAGAGGAGCUAGGGCAGAGACUCCAGGAGCAGAAUGAGCUGAUCAUCACUCAGAGACAACAGAUUAAAGAGUUUACCAGUAAACCAUUAAACAGUGUCAGUGAACCCAAAGGCAGUCCUUUAACCUGGCAAACUUUUGAGUCUAAGCCAACUGCCCCAGCUGUGCCUAUGAGUGCCCCAGCCCCACAGACUCUGGAUGCUAAGUCAAGUCUAACAGUGGCACAUGAACAGGCAUUCUCAUCGCACAUACUGGAACCAAUAGAAGAAGUUUCAGAGGAAGAAAAAGGAAGGGACAAUGAACAAAAAUUAAACAACACACGUUUAAGGAAAGCUUUGAGGAAUAAUCCCUCCCUCACCAAGGAAGUAAGAACAGUCUUGGAGCAGAGUUUGGUGGAGAAACUGGAAACGCUGGGGAUUAAUGCAGAUAUACGCGGUAUUCCAAGUGAUCGCUUGAAUAGAGUGCUAAGAACCGUGGAAUCAGCAAGACAUGAGCGAGAAAAACAAAUACCCAACAUUCAGCAGAUUCGCGAAUUCCUUGAACAUCAGGUCAGCUGUAAAAUUGAGGAGAGAACACUACUAGCUGCAGAUAGGUACAAUGCUUCUCAAGUGGAUACCCUUUCAACUGGAGAAAUACCCAAAGCAGUACACCUUCCUCCCAAAAGCAGACAGUUGAUUAGACAAAGACCUGUUUUUACUGAUAAGACAUCUCUUCCGAAAGUUAAGAAAAAUAUCAUGGAAGAUCAUUUUCCCAGAAAGUCCUCAACUAUUGCAUAUUACCUAAGUCAACAGCAUUUAUCCCAUGUGGCCUCCGUAAACAAGACCCCUCCCUUUAGUUCAGAGGAAGAGCUGGAUGAUGACGACCUCAUCCGGGCAUAUGCGUCCCCAGACUUACUUCCUGUGCAGUCGUCUAAAAGCAACAAGAGUAGCCUGGGAAAGAGCACCGCCAAAAGCGACACUGACUGGACCGAGGGAAGUGAAAUAGAGGACUCUGACAUUUCUCCCAAGCCCACAGGAACCUCCAUUAAAACAUUAACUGGAAAAGUUGAAAAGACGGUUUCAAAUCACAAAAAUGUGAAUAAGCCAGUUGGUGGGAUUAAUGUUGCUGAGGCAUUCAUCAAAAAAGAACUAAAAGAAGAUCUAAAGUGUGCAGAUGUGGAUGACGACGACUGGGACAUAUCAUCCUUAGAGGAAGAAAAAUCUUUGGGGAGAAGAAUCGGGAGAGAACAGAGGGAACCCCCACCUGUGAAGAAGGAAUCAAAUUCUAUUCAAGUGCCAAGUGCCUGGGGUGCAACUAACCUGAAAGGGCCAAAGGGAGAAGGACUUCAGGAUGAAUCAAGUACACUGAAAAGCAGCUUAGUCACCGUGACUGAUUGGAGUGACUCUUCAGACGUGUAACUGUCAUCCCACACGUCAGGAGGUCCUUGCAGACGCCAGCAGUAUUUCAGUCCUCAGCCUACAGGACUCCAGUGCUCCUGCCUGACAGUAUUUCCCACAAUAACAAGGAAGCUGGUUCUGAAAGAACAAGAGUCUCUUUUAUGGCACCUAAUGCAGUAUUGAAAAACAAACUGUCAACAGUAUUUUGAAGCAUAUAAAGGUGUUUAAGACCGCUGCUGCUUUUAAAAAUGACGUGUCAUUGAAGUCAUAAAAGUUUUUUCUUUAGAACGGUACUCUAGUAUUUAAGUGUAUUUUUUUCAACUAAUAUUUAAGUGAAUUUAAAAAAAAACUUACAGCAGGUUUUGGUUUGAAUUAAAACUUUUUUUAAUAUCUUUCCUGUGUACAUUAUCACAUUGGAAGUGUUUUAUUAUAAAAUUCUGUUAGUAUCCUUAGAAUUGAAUUAGUAGAAUCAGUGAAAUUCCAAGUGUAGACUGCUUAUUUUUCACAUAGAAGUAAGUUUAGAGUUACAAAAAUGUAGCUAGGCCCAUGUUAACUACACUUUCCAGAAGCACCUUUACCAUGUGCCACUUUGAGCCAUUGCAAGCAUGUUGUUUGUUACUGUUAAACAAUUAAUUUAGAUCUGUACUAUUUCUGCAGCAUAACCUUGACCUUGGAUAUUUUAUGAAUAAAAUGUAGCAAUUUUAAAUGUCAAUUAAUUUAUUGGAAUUUGAAUAGAACAGAUCAAGUCAAUACUAAAUUUGUAUGUGUCUGUAGUUUUUUUCACUUUUUUAAAAUGUCCAACCAUAUUAUAAAAUACCUCAAAACUAAUUUAGUUCUUAACAGUGACAUUUUCAACAGUCAGAAAGUUCAUAUAAACUGUUUUUUGCAUUUUUUAUACUUUGUGGUACUAUGUGUACUCUGUUUGCAAAAAAAGUAACAUUUUAACUAAAUGGUUUGUUGGGUUUUGGAUCUCUCUUCAUUUUGUCAACCUUUCAAGUAAAGCCCUCCAUUACAUC